AUGCUCUUCCCGCUCGCCUUGCUGGCCACGGCCGCCACGGCCCGGGUCAUCUCCAGGCUCCCGUCCGUGCCCCAGGGCUGGCGCGAGCUGCGGACGGCCGAGGACGCCGAGCCCAUCGUCCUGCGCCUGGCCCUGCGGCAGCAGCACGCCGCCGUGCUCGAGCAGGCCGUGCUCGACGUCUCGACCCCGGGCCACCCAAAGUACGGCCGCCACCUGUCGCGCGACGAGGUGCGCGCGCUGGUGGCGCCCUCGGCCGAGGCCGUCGGCGGCGUCACGGCGUGGCUCGACGGCCACGGCGUGCGGGCCUUUGUCGACAACGACUGGGUCACCGUCGCCACGACGGUGGGCAAGGCCAACGCCCUGCUCGACACGCGCUUCGCGUGGUACGAGUACGAAGGAGGACAGGGACAGAACGGCGGCGGCGCGAGGUCGGCGCCCAAGCUGCGCACGCUGCGGUACAGCCUGCCCGACGAGCUGGCGGGCCACGUCGACAUGGUGCAGCCGACGACGCGCUUUGGGCAGCCGGCGGGCCAGAAGUCGACCAUCUUCGAGGUGCAGCCCGCGGCUGAGGAGGUGGACGCCAACGCCCCCGCCGCCCUGAGCGCCGCGCAGGUGCCCGCCCCGGACGCCGCGGACGCGCCCGUGCCGUCGUGCGCCAAGGAGGUGACGCCGCAGUGCCUGCACGACCUGUACGACAUCCACUACACGGCCUCCGCCGAGGGCAACCUCGUCGCCUUCGCGUCGUACCUCGAGGAGUACGCGCGGUACGCCGACCUGCAGACCUUUGAGAGCAGGUACCUGCCCGCGGCCAAGGGGCAGAACUUUACGGUGGAGCUGGUCAAUGGCGGGCUGGAUGACCAGUCGAGCAAGAGCGACAGUGUCGAGGCGAAUCUGGAUGUGCAAGCAAUCGUGGCAGUGAGCCAUCCUAUUCCGGUGCUCGAGUACAGCACUGCUGGUCGAGGCCCCUUGGUCCCCACGCCGGAUGAGCCCACCCAGCCCGGCAGCAACGAGCCGUACCUCGAGUUCCUGACGCACGUCCUCGCCCAACCGGACGGCUCUCUCCCGCAGACUCUCAGCACCUCGUACGGCGAGGAGGAGCAGUCCGUCCCCGAGGAGUACGCCCUCAAGGUCUGCAACCUCUUCAUGCAGCUCGGCGCCCGCGGCGUCUCCGUCCUCUUCUCGUCCGGCGACUCGGGCCCGGGCAACUCGUGCAUCCGCGUCUCGGACGGCGCGCCCUUCUUCAACCCGACCUUCCCGGCCGGCUGCCCCUACGUCACGGCCGUGGGCGGCACCACGGGCACGGGGCCCGAGAAGGCCGUCGACUUCUCCAGCGGCGGCUUCUCCAUCUACCACGCGCGGCCCGCGUACCAGGACGCCGCCGUGUCGGCCUACCUCGCCACCGGCGCGGCCGACGUCUACGCGCCCUACUUCAACAAGACGGGGCGCGGGAUCCCCGACGUGGCGGCCCAGGGCCGCGACUUUGUCGUCUACGACAAGGGGUCGCUGUACCACGUCGGCGGCACGAGCGCGUCGAGCCCGGCGUUCGCGGGCGUCGUGGCGCUGCUCAACGCCGCGCGCCGCAGCAAGGGCGCGGCCCCGCUGGGCUUCCUGAACCCGUGGCUGUACGGCAACGCGGCGGCGCUGACCGACAUCACGGCCGGCUACGGCAGCGGGUGCGGCGGCAACAGGAAGGCGUUCCCCGGCGGGGCCAGGUGGAACGCCACCGAGGGGUGGGACCCGGUGACGGGGCUCGGCACGCCCAAGUUUGGGGCCCUGCUUGCGGCUGCUGCUCCCGGGGUGGAGAACAAGUAG